GCUAAUCUUAUAUACUCGACUCCGUGUCUCGACGUCGCCACCAAUGCUCCCUGCUCCGGUGUCCAGCUCGAGCUCACGACGCCGCGCACCGACGGGCUAUGGAUACAACUACAUCUACUCGCAGGAAAAGCUAAAGCCUCAUGAAGGCACCCCGCUCUCGUCGUUCUCCACGGCAAAUGCACCACGAAGUCGCAUCCUCGACCUCCUCGGCAUUAGCCCUCUCACUUGGACCCACCUCCGCCAGCGUUCGCGUAUCACCAACCUCGGCCUCUUCGCGCUCACCUUCGCUGCCUCACUUUCUUUCCUGUUCAAUCUCGCGCUUUACUUUGCGCCCUCCAACGCUGCGUACGGCCCGUUCUCUCCGCCUGCAAGAGCGCUCGAUACCGUCCCGUGGCACGCGAGCCCGAACGAUACAAAGGGCAUGGGCGGGGUUGACCAUCUCGUGAUCGUGCCUGGUCACUCGAUAUGGACUGGCGAUAAUAUGGACGAGGUGUGGGAUGAGGAACAUUGGGUGCUUGCGGACUAUCAGAAAGGUGGGGGACGGACAAAGGCCUUCGUCGAGCAUAUCAGGCGCGGCACAGAGAUUGCUAUGGCAGAUUCGAAUGCAUUGCUCAUAUUCAGCGGCGGUCAGACACACGCAGACUCUACAACAACAGAGGGCGAAUCAUACCUUCGCCUCGCACUCGCAGCAGGCUUCCUCCCUCCUUUCGCCGACUCAUUCUACGCUCUCUCCCCCUCCGCACCACCUUCCUCCACGCCCAGCACAUCGAUAGCCGACCGCAUAUCCGCCCCCGCAACAACACCACCUCCCCUCUCCAAACCCACCCUCCUCUCCAACGUCGAUAUCCGCUCGCGACCCCACGCACAUCUUCACGAUACCCGUAAACACCCAACGCCCCGCCUCCUCGCCACAACCGAAAACUACGCCCUCGACUCCUUCCAGAACCUCCUCUUCAGCAUCGCCCGCUUCCGCGAAACCACCGGCCGCUUCCCGCGCCGCAUAACAGUCGUCGGCUACGCAAUGAAAGCCAAGCGCUUCGCAUCCCUGCACGCCGCCGCGCUGCGCUGGCCCUCAACCCGCUUCUCGUACGUCGGCGUGGAGAUCGAGGACUACGCAGAGGCCGCGGGCGCGCGAGAGGGCGAGCACCGCAACGGGUACACGCCGUAUAGCGAGGACACGUAUGGCUGCCACGGAUAUCUCCGCAAUAAGCGCCUGUCGCGCAAUCCGCACGCGCGGUUUCAUCCGUACGCCAGCUCUGCGCCUGAGCUGAGAGGGCUACUUGAAUGGUGUCCCACUCCCGAUGCGACGGACCACUAUGCGCGGGGGACGACGGAUGUGUAUCGGGGGCCGUUGCCUUGGGAUUUUUCGUACUGAGGAUGGGCUCGAACUGUGCAUGAGAGUAAGUUCGCCAGCGUAAGGAAAGGAUACCAGGCUAUCAGGAUACCCGACUGGCUGGGUGGGCUGACGCCCGAGUGGAAGGCAAGCAGAUUUAGCACUCAAUUAGUGCAGUUCAACUGGUGGCAUAUGCCUACAAUACAUAGAACCGGUAGAUCUAGAGGCUCAUGGAACGUUGGUCAAGUAGCACAAAGUACUCUAGAUACCCGUAUUUGAUCGCCCAUCCGCCUCUACAGCUAGAGUAGAUCUUACACACACAGUACAGUACUAUCCAAUCAGUCCUACGAGUAAAUUCC